AUGGAUGUGUCGAGAGUUUUCCUGCUUGAAGUUUUACAAGAUAAAGAGGCAUGGCAUUUGUUUCAGAAGAAGGUAGGCGAUGUGAAACAUCCCAAUUUGGCUAUUGAAGUAGCAAAGAGAUGUACUGGUUUACCUAUUCUAAUUGUGGCUGUUGCAACUGCAUUGAAAAAUAAGCAGUUGUUUGAAUGGAAGAAUGCCUUGGACCAACUAAAAAGGUUUGAUGAGAGCGAAAUAGAUGAGAAAGUUGCGUCUGCUCUAAAGUUGAGUUUCAACUCUUUGAAAGGUGAGGAAAUCAAGUCAUUGUUCUUACUUUGUGGAAUGAAUGUAUUUUAUAGCUAUCAAGUCAAGGACUUGCUGAAAUAUGCAGUGGGCUUGGGUUUAUUCAAACGAAGCAAAACGUUAGAGGAAGCCAGAAAUAGAUUUUACAAAUAUGUUAGUGAUCUCAAAGCUUCUUGUUUGUUGCUAGAAGGCAUCCAUAACGGACAAGUCAGGAUGCAUGAUGUUGUUCGCAAUUUUGCUAUCUCAGUUGCAUCCACUGAUCAUCAUGUCUUCAAUUUAGCAUUUGACACUGUAUUGGAAUGGCCAUCAAAGGAUAAGCUUGAACAGUGCACUGCAAUAUAUUUGCGCCAAUGUGAGAUUCCUAAGCUUCCUGCAGCAUAUGAAUGUCCGAAACUCGAGAAUUCAUUUAUCAGCACUGCCUUCGUCACUUCAAUUUUUCAGAACCUUGAAACAUUAUGCCUAGAUUAUUGUGUUUUGGAAGAAUUAUCUGCAAUCGGAGAGCUAAGCAAGUUACAAAUUCUCAGCCUUUUGGACUCUACUAUUGUUCAGCUGCCAAGAGACAUUGGGAAAUUGACAUGUCUAAGGCUAUUGGAUUUAUCCAAUUGUUCAAGCCUUGAAGUGAUUCCACCAGAUGUCUUGUCACGCUUGACCCGAUUAGAAGACUUAUAUAUGGGAUGCAGUUUUGUACAGUGGGAGGGUGAAGAACAUGAUGCUCCAAGAGAAAAUGCUAACCUGGCUGAAUUGAAGCUUUUGACAAACUUAGUCAGUUUGGACAUUCAUAUCAUUGAUGCAAAGAUCCUUCCCAGAGAUCUAUUCUUUGAAAAGCUGGAAAGAUUUAACAUAGUUAUCGGGGACAUAUGGGAUUGGUCAUGGGAAGAAGAAACUUCAAGAACAUUGAAACUCAAGCUCAAUACAAGGAUUCAGUUGAAAAGCAUAAAACUCCUCCUGACGAGAACUGAAAAUCUAUAUUUGGAUGACCUGAAAGGUGUAAAAAAUGUCAUCUGCGAAUUAAACGGGCUUGGUUUUCCUGAGUUGAAACAUCUGCACAUCCGAAAUAGUCUUGAUAUUCAUUAUAUCAUAGACUCAAUUAGGCUGGGACCUCAGGUUGUUUUCCCCAGAUUGGAAUCAUUGAUCCUUGACCAUCUAAUUAACUUGGAGAAGAUAUGUUGCGAUGAGCUUGAGGCCAACUCUUUUAGCAGCUUAAGAAAGUUAAAUGUGAAACAUUGUGAUAGUUUGAAAAACCUCUUUUCAUUCUCUAUGGCUGGAGGCCUUGCACGACUAGAAGAACUCAAUGUGAGCAAUUGCAAACUUAUGGAAGCGAUUUUUGCCAAGGAAAUUGGAGAUGAUUCUGGCAAUAUUACAUUUCCCAAUUUGGCAGAGCUAAAACUGUCUUCGGUAAGUUUGGAGAAGAUAUGGUGCAACCAACUUAUACAACUAUCUCCGCGUUUAACAAUCUUGAAGGUUGAUGGAUGUGAGAAUUUAAACUAUGUAUUUCCAUCUCCUGUGGUUGAAAGUCUUGCACAACUCACAAGGCUAGAAAUAUGCAAUUGUGAGUCAGUGGAAGAAAUAAUAGCUACACAAAGAUUAGGAGAAACAAUGAUCAAGAUUUCAUUUCCAAAACUGGACCUGCUAAAGCUCAGUGAUCUUCCAAAACUAACAAGUUUUUUCAGUGGUAACUUGAUUGAAUUCUCUUCUUUGAAAGUUCUGGUGAUAGACAAUUGUACACAAUUGAGGACAUUUGUUUCCAGUUCUGAAAGUACAGAUGUGGCAUCUAGCAGUGAAUCUGGACAAGCAAACUCACUUCUUUUUGAUGAGAAGGUUGCAUUUCCUAGCUUGGAGGAGUUGCAUAUUAUGUCCUUGCCUAAGUUGAAAAUGAUACGGGAUGAUCAUAUCCAAACAAAUUCAUUCAGCAAGUUAAAAUUACUGAAGGUGGAAGAUUGCGAGGAGUUACUGAAAAUUUUUCCAUCAAAUAUACAUGAGGAUUCUCCAAAAACUCUCUUGUUUUCAAACCUAUGUUGA